AUGGGAUCGUCAAUACAUUAUCCAAACUUCAUUGCGAAACAUAUAAGGAAGCAAACUACCCCUUCUGCUGCUAUGUCCUUUGAUCCUACUUUGAAACAGAAAGAAAGUGGGGUCGGUACGGGUAUUAGUACUCAGUCAUCCGCUACUGGUACUACCGUCACUGGUACUACUACUACUUCUAAAUUGUCUUUGGCUCUACAGGACUCACAGAGAACUAUUGAUAAGAAACACCAAGAUGGAUCACCCAGUGAAAACUCAGAGGAUAAGUAUGACGAUGACGAUGAUGACGUAUUUUCCGAUGAAUCAUCCUGUGAUGAAAAAAAUGAAGAAUCAUUGAAAGAUUAUAAGCCAGGUGGUUAUCAUCCUGCUUUUAAGGGAGAAGGUUAUAAAGAAAAUAGAUACAUCUUAGUGCGGAAGCUGGGAUGGGGCCAUUUCUCGACCGUUUGGUUGGCUUUGGAUUCUGUUAAUGGAUCACAUGUUGCCAUGAAGAUUGUUAGAAGUGAUAAAGUAUAUACAGAGGCUGCGUUAGAUGAAAUUAAACUCUUGAAUCAAUUGAGUAAUUCACUGUCUACUGCUUAUUUGGGCUCUAGACACAUUUUGAAAUUAUUGGAUAAUUUUAUGCAUGCUGGUCCCAAUGGGAAUCAUGUCGUAAUGGUAUUUGAAGUUCUUGGAGAAAAUUUAUUGGCUUUGAUUAAAAAAUAUGAACAUAGAGGUAUCCCAUUGAUCUAUGUUAAACAAAUUUCCAAACAAUUAUUAUUGGGGUUAGAUUAUAUGCAUAGGAAAUGUGGAAUUAUACAUACUGAUAUCAAACCAGAAAAUGUUCUUAUGGAGAUUGGAGAUGUGGAAGCUAUUGUACAAAUGGUAGAGUUAUUAGAUAGACAAAAAAGAGAUCUAAGAAAAUUGAGAAGAAACUUAUCGGUUCAUACAAACAAUGUUAAUAUAGACAAUACUGCAGUGCCUUCACCACAGAAUCAUCCAGAAGAUCCACCACCUUAUUCUCAUGCUAAUGGUAGUAACCCUUCAUUUUCUAAAUCUUUUUCAAAUUCAUACUCGCGAUAUCAAAUGAUGAACGGCACUCCAGUUACAAAUAAUAGCGGGUCUGGCGCUGCCAAUAUAAAUAGUAGGAAUAAUAGCAUUAAUAAUAAUAAUAAUAAUAAUAACAAUUUACAAAGAAUACCAAGUAGAAGACCAAGAAGAAAUACAAUCAUUACAGGAUCACAACCUCUACCUUCUCCAUUAAGUUCUUCAAAUUUCUUUGAAAUGAAAAAUCAAUUUUUACAACAUAGUAUGAGUAACAAUAACAAUAGCCUAAUCAAUUCAAAUUUGGAAAAUAUUUCCACAAACAGCAGUCUUUCAUCAUCUCAUGCAUUCUCUACUUUAUUAUCACAUUCAAGAAGUAAUAUGGCCCUAAGUAAUGGCAAUAGUAACGCUAAUGCAUUCCUAAAAUACGGCUCAAUAAACAACAAUAAUUCUGAAUUAACAGGUACUGAUAUUAAUAAUCAAAGUGUAACUUCAACAACACCAACAAUAGAGAAUAAUAACGCUAUUCAUAAUUUAGUAAUAACAGAAGAUCAAAAUUUAGCAAAUUCUUUAUCUUCUUUUGAAAUAUCAGAACACGGAUUAGAAAACUCCGCUAGGAGACUCGAUUCAAAUAACGAAGAAGAAGAACAGCAGGAAGAAGGUGAUUCGAACAUCAUUGAAAUUAAAAUUGCUGAUCUUGGUAACGCAUGUUGGUACGAUGAACAUUAUACAAAUUCUAUUCAAACUAGAGAAUACAGAUCUCCAGAAGUCUUAAUAGGAGCACCAUGGGGUUGUAGUGCAGAUAUUUGGUCUACCGCAUGUUUAAUAUUCGAAUUAAUUACUGGUGAUUUUUUAUUUGAACCAGAUGAAGGACAUUCAUACACUAAAGAUGAUGAUCAUAUUGCACAAAUUAUGGAAUUGUUAGGUGAAUUACCUCCAUAUCUUUUGAACAAUGGGAAAUAUACAAGGAAUUUCUUUAAUUCUCGUGGCCAAUUAAGAAAUAUAGCGAAAUUGAAAUUUUGGCCACUACAGGACGUUCUUGUGGAAAAAUAUAAAUUUGAACCGUUAGAAGCAAAAGAAAUUGCUGAUUUCUUAUUACCAAUGUUACAAUUAGAUCCAAGGAAAAGAGCUGAUGCUGGUGGGCUAGUAAACCAUCCAUGGUUAAAAGAUACUUUAGGAAUGGAAAAUAUUACAAUGCCGGAUAGACCAUUAUAUGGGAGUGGUAGUGAUAUUCCAGGUUGGUUUCAAGAAGUUUCUGGACAUAAGACGCACUGA